CGAGUCGCAGUGGUCGUGCGGCCGGGAGGCGGCGGAGGCGGCGGCGCGGCGGCGACAUGGCCGUUGUCACCGAAGAUGACUUUCGUCACAGCUGCAACUCCACCUACAGAACCAGGAGCAGCUCUGUCUGCGCCGACCGGGAUGCCGUGCUGGAGAGGCUGCUGGCACCGGCCCCUGGGCUGCCGAGGCCCGAGGACCGUUUCCACGGCACCUACAUCAUCUUCUUCAGCCUGGGCGUGGGCAGCAUGCUGCCGUGGAACUUCUUUGUCACUGCCAAGGAGUACUGGGUGUUCAAACUCCACAACUGCUCCGGCUCCGCCAGCAGGCUGGACCCCGAGGACUCGGACAUCCUGAACUACUUUGAGAGCUACCUCGCCAUCGCCUCCACCGUGCCCUCGCUGCUGUGCCUGGUGGCCAACUUCCUGCUUGUCAACAGGGUUCCGGUGCACGUCCGCGUCCUGGCCUCGCUGUUGGUCAUGCUGGCCGUGUUCGUGGUGAUGAUCGUGCUGGUGAAGGUGGACACCUCCUCCUGGACCCGCGGCUUCUUUGCCGUCACCAUGGUCUGCAUGGCCGUGGUGAGCGGCGCCUCCACCGUCUUCAGCAGCAGCGUCUACGGCAUGACCGGCUCCUUUCCCAUGAGGAAUUCCCAGGCGCUGAUCUCAGGAGGAGCCAUGGGAGGGACCGUGAGUGCCGUGGCCUCGCUGGUGGACAUGGCGGCGUCCAGGGACGUGACGGAGAGCGCCCUGGCCUUCUUCCUCACGGCAGCCGUCUUCCUGGGGCUCUGCAUCGGGCUCUACCUGCUGCUGCCCAGGCUGGAGUACGCCAGGUAUUACAUGAGGCCCGUUUACCCAGCCUGCGUGGUUUCUGGUGAAGAGGAGCCGCCCCAGACCUCCCCGAGCAGCCCUUUGGUGGCGCCCCAGACACCGCCCCUGCGCCCCAUCCUGAGGAAGACGGCGGGCCUGGGCUUCUGCAUGGUCUACCUCUUCUUCAUCACCGGCCUCAUCUUCCCCGCCAUCUCCACCAACAUCCAGUCCCUGCACGAGGGCUCAGGCUCGCCGUGGGCCACCAAGUUCUUCGUGCCGCUCACCGCCUUCCUCCUCUACAACUUUGCGGACCUGUGCGGCCGGCAGAUCACGGCCUGGCUGCAGGUGCCGGGGCCCAGGAGUAAGAUGUUCCCCGCGCUGGCGCUGCUGCGCACCGCGCUCGUGCCCUUCUUCGUGCUCUGCAACUACCAGCCGCGCAGACACCUGGCGCUGGUGCUCUUCACGUCCGACGCCUACCCCGUGCUCUUCUCCUGCCUGCUCGGGCUCAGCCACGGCUACCUCAGCACGCUGGCCCUCAUCUACGGCCCGAAGCUCGUGCCCCGGGAGCUGGCCGAGGCCACGGGCCUCGUCAUGUCCCUGUACCUGAUGCUGGGCUUGAUCCUGGGCUCUGCUGGCUCGGCCCUGCUGGAGCACCUGGUCUAGGAGGGGGCGGGGCUCGGGCGCCCAGGGGAGGAAGGCGCUGGGCUUCCACAGUGCACAGGGCCCAGCACGCUCCGGCCGGCCUCAAGUCUCCCAAGCCUGGAGCUGCGUGGCAGAGGCAUUCCCGACACUUCCACAGAACAUUCCAGAGACGCCUGCAGAAGACACAGCGCAAAGUGCAGCUGUCCCCUCCCAGCUACCGGUGAGCAUCCUCCCUUCCUCCCAUCCUGUCGCCGGUGGUCGACCUGGACUCGUCCCCAGGCUCGCGCCGGGAGCCAGGGCAGCCUCUCCGUCUUCCGGCCCUGCUCCCUCCAGCUGACGGCAGAGGGGAGAGAUUCCCGGCGCUCCCCACCGGAACAGGGCCCCCGCCGUGGGGUCCUCCUGGGACGGCCGGUCCGCAGGCCCUGGGCCUGAGCCCACACAGACGCCGUGUUCUCUGGGGAAGAGGGUGCUCACCAGCUGGCCCGCGAGGCAGCCUGGCAGGAGCCCUGCAGGCCUGCGCUGGGGCCCUGAGGGCCUCUGUGUGCUGGGGACCAAGCGUCAGGACUGGGCUUCACCAGGGACGUUCGUGGCCUGGUGCUUUAUGGUCUGGUCAGGUCACUGGUUCAAGGGCGUAAUAAACACCGGGGUAGGCAAUGGAACCCUUAUGGUUGUCUGUAUGGGAGGUGGGGUUUCAAACAGCAGAAAAUGCACAUUAUUGUCUUUUCAUUCCAUUUUCCAUGAACUUUUGGAAGUUCCCUCGUAUGAGACAUGGCCUUGGCAGGAAAUGGCGUACUCAGGUUGGGUAAUGAGGACAUCGUAAGAGCAGGUGCAGGGCCCCAGGAGCCUGUGUGUUCCACCCAAGAGUGAAGGAGGGAGGGGCCUCUCGAAUGUGGAGAUGUGUUGGUGCUUGGGGCCCGCUGAAGGGUAGGCUUGCCCCCUCCCCACGUAGGUGUGUGCCCCGGGUGGAGGAGCGACUGGAGGGGCAGGGUCUCGCCCAGCCCUGGGCCAGCUGGGCCCUCGCCUUUCAUGGGGUUAUUUCUGUGGACGUCAUUGAGUCUGAAGCUUCGCUCAGCUGGGCCAGGUGUUGCCUUGUUCUGGUUUGUUCCCCGUGGCUGCCUCCAGGGAUGAUGCCCGGGCUCCGUGCCCCUCCCCAGCCCCGUCCCGGGGACAUGGUGACCGGCUCACACUGGCAGGUGCCUCAUGUAAACAGUGAUGGUUCUUCAGGUGCCUCGUGGGCUCCUGCAGGGCUGGCGGCUGGCUUGGGAAUCAGGAGAGAAGGGAACAAAACGCAGUCUUGACUCCUUAAGAGUGGAACAGGAGGAACGGGGCUUGUCCCCGAGGAGCAGCGACCCCGAGAGCCGUGUAGCCCUGUGUAGCGCUGUGCUAGCAGCCAGGAAGCCAGCUGCUGGCCUAGGCCCUGCCCCCACGGCCUCUCCGUGGCCACUGGAGAAUUGAAGAGGACACCCUUGAAAGGGUUUCUGAAACCUGAUACCACGAAGCAAUCAUUCUCUUCGCCCCCUGCAGGAGGCUGCGAUGCCCCCGUUGGCGUCCUCAGCACCUCCGUGCCUGCGAGAUUGGGGGCCUGCGGCUGCCCCAGGUGUUAAAAUCCACACAGCCAGAAUGCAGGGGGGCUGGCUUUCAGGGGAGCAGGGUGGCCUCCCUCCUAGAGAAACAAUCUGCAGGCAGUGUGAAGGAGCCGGGGCGCAGGGGUGAGGGUGCGGUGCUGAGACCGCGGCACUUGCUGUGCAGCGAGGAGAGGCUGCCAAGCCACGCUGGGCCGCGGUUCACAAGGCUCCCUCCCCCCAGGCAGGGGGAGGCAAGGAGUGCAGGUGCUUCAACAGAGAGGCGCAUGGGGGCGCUCAGGUCCCUGUCCCACUUCCACAGGGAGAGCAGCCCCUGGGGUUUGGCUGCGUGGGGCUCGGUGUCCUGUGACCCUGGUGGGCUUGUGACCACGGCUGGGACAGUGGGCCGAAGAAACGCGUCCGAGAGAACCGGCUUUGCCGAGAACGGCUGUGUCUGACGGUUCCCACACUUGACCCCGAGCGGCCUUUGUUCAUUCCCAGACUGUGCACAUCUCAUUGUCCGGCUUAUGUCCAGCAACGUGAGCAGUAGGAGCAGCCACGGGGUGGACUCUGCAAGGUGCGGCUGAGCAGGGAGGCUGUUGUGAGCUGAGGCUGCUCCUGCUCCAGGGCACGGACUCCGUGCGGUGGGUGUGGGAGGAGGCCCGCGGGGAGCGACACCUUGACCAGGGACUUGGAGGAGUUCGCGGUGAGUGGAAUGAAAACCAAAUUGAAGUCCAGCUCAUGAUGCAAUUUUUCAUGAAUGUGUUUUGUAUACAUGGAUUUUAAAAUGUU